AUGGAGACUGAAACGAGUUUUUCUCAAUUGGCUCCUCCAGUCUUUGAUGGUGAAAAUUACCAAUUGUGGGCAGUAAGAAUGGAGACUUACUUGGAGGCUUUAGAUCUUUGGGAGGCCGUGGAAGAGGAUUAUGAUGUUCUUCCGCUGCCUAACAAUCCCACAGUGGCCCAGAUCAAGAGUCACAAGGAAAAGAAAACCAGGAAAUCAAAGGCGAAAGCAACUUUGUUUGCUGGUGUGUCUGCAACAAUUUUCACGAGAGUUAUGACUCUCAAAUCAGCAAAAGAAAUCUGGGAUUAUCUGAAGGGAGAAUAUACAGGAGAUGAAAGAAUUCGAGGCAUGAAGGUGCUGAAUUUAAUAAGGGAAUUCGAGUUGCAGAAAAUGAAAGAAUCUGAGACCGUCAAAGAAUACUCAGAUCGGUUGCUUGGCAUUAUUAACAAGCUAAGGUUGCUUGGCACUAAAUUUAAAGAUUCAAGAAUUGUUGAAAAUAUUCUUGUUACGGUGCCUGAAAAAUAUGAAGUAUCCAUAACUACCUUAGAAAAUACAAAGGAUCUAUCCAAGAUUACCUUGGCAGAAUUGUUAAAUACAUUGCAGGCACAAGAGCAAAGGAGGCUUAUGAGGCAAGAUGGUAUGGUUGAAGAAGCCUUGGCAGCCAACCACAGAACUCAAAGCAAGAGUAAUAAUGCAAAGAAAAAUUACCCACCUUGUCAGCACUGUGGCAAAAAAGGUCAUCCACCGUUCAAAUGUUGGAAGAGGCCAGAUGCAAAGUGCAAAAUUUGCAACCAACUUGGUCAUGAAGCUGUAAUUUGCAAAGGCAAAUAUCAAAAGCAUGAAGUAGAUGCCCAAGUCGCCAAUGAAGAAGAAGAAGAUCACUUAAAUCUUUUCAAAGAGUUCACGUCUAUGGGAAAUAAGAAAGUCAGAAUUGGGAAUGGUGAUUAUAUUCUUUCUAAGGGAAAAGGAACUGUUGCAAUCCCAACAAAGUCAGGUACUAAGAAUAUUUCAGAUGUUCUUUAUGUUCCUGAUAUUGAUCAGAAUUUAUUAAGUGUUGGACAACUAAUGAAAAAAGGAUUUAAAGUAUCCUUUGAGGAUAAAUAUUAUUUCAUUUAUGAUGCAACUGGACUUGAGAUUUUAAGGGUUAAAAUGAGAGGUAAAAACUUCUCAUUAGAUCCAACCGAAGAUGAAGAAUGGAGCCCAAAGAAUCUACAAAGUGCAGAAAAUCCUCCAAAAGAGGACAUAUGUGAAAAUGAGACAAAGAAGUUGUCAAUAUUUCAGAAAAACAAAAUUUGGAAGAAAGUUGACAAGCCUCAAGGCAAAAUGCAAAUGCGGAAGAAAGUUGACAAGCCUCAAGUCAAAAUGAAGCCGAAAAAAGAGCCAACUUAUUUCAUUGACAAUCAUGAGAUGCAGCAAAAUAGAAAAUUGAACUCAAUUUACUGUAAGUCCAAAGAUCAGUUGGCAGAUUUACGUACAAAGUCGCUUCCAGUUAAAGGUUUACAAGGCACAAAUUCAAAAUUUGCAGCUUCAAAAGCAAGGAGGAGUGUUAGAAAUAUGCUUUAG